AUGACAAUCAUCUUCAAGUGGGCUAACGAGCAGGUCCUCAUUCAUGUCCCCCAGCGUGAUGCUGCCCAACAUCUUCUGCGGCGUCUUCCGCUGCGGGAAGGCGGGUCCAGCUCAGACGCCUCCCCACGGGGAGAUGGGUCCCACAGGUCUACCUCAGACGCUUCUCAAACUGAAGACGUCCUCAUAGUGGAACACAUUGGCACUCCUGUAUCUCAAGUGGAACACAUUGGCACUCCUGUAUCUCAAGUGGAGCACAUUGGCACUCCUGUAUCUCAAGUGGAACACAUUGGCACUCCUGUAUCUCAAGUGGAACACAUUGGCACUCCUGUAUCUCAAGUGGAACACAUUGGCACUCCUGUAUCUCAAGUGGAACACAUUGGCACUCCUGUAUCUCAAGUGGAACACAUUGGCACUCCUGUAUCUCAAGUGGAACACAUUGACACUCCUGUAUCUCAAGUGGAACACAUUGGCACUCCUGUAUCUCAAGUGGAACACAUUGGCACUCCUGUAUCUCAAGUGGAACACAUUUGCACUCCUGUAUCUCAAGUAAAACACAUUGGCACUCCUGUAUCUCAAGAGGAACUCAUUGGCACUCCUGUAUCUCAAGAGGAACACAUUGGCACUCCUGUAUCUCAAGUAGAACACAUUGGCACUCCUGUAUCUCAAGUGGAACACAUUGACACUCCUGUAUCUCAAGUGGAACACAUUGGCACUCCUGUAUCUCAAGUGGAACACAUUGGCACUCCUGUAUCUCAAGUGGAACACAUUGGCACUCCUGUAUCUCAAGUGGAACACAUUGGCACUCCUGUAUCUCAAGUGGAACACAUUGACACUCCUGUAUCUCAAGUGGAACACAUUGGCACUCCUGUAUCUCAAGUGGAACACAUUGGCACUCCUGUAUCUCAAGUGGAACACAUUGCACUCCUGUAUCUCACUCCUGUAUCUCAAGUGGAACACAUUGGCACUCCUGUAUCUCAAGUGGAACACAUUGGCACUCCUGUAUCUCAAGUGGAACACAUUGGCACUCCUGUAUCUCAAGUGGAACACAUUGGCACUCCUGUAUCUCAAGUGGAACACAUUGGCACUCCUGUAUCUCAAGUGGAACACAUUGACACUCCUGUAUCUCAAGUGGUAACACACAUUGACACUCCUGUAUCUCAAGUGGAACACAUUGGCACUCCUGUAUCUCCUGGCACUCCUGUAGCUCAAGUGGAACACAUUGGCACUCCUGUAUCUCAAGUGGAACACAUUGGCACUCCUGUAUCUCAAGUGGAACACAUUGGCACUCCUUGGAACACAUUGGCACUCCUGUAUCUCAACAUUGUGGAACACAUUGGCACUCCUGUAUCUCAAGUAGAACACAUUGGUACUCCUGUAUCUCAAGUGGAACACAUUGGUACUCCUGUAUCUCAAGUGGAACACAUUGACACUCCUGUAUCUCAAGUGGAACACAUUGGCACUCCUGUAUCUCAAGUGGAACACAUUGGCACUCCUGUACCUCAAGUGGAACACAUUGGCACUCCUGUAUCUCAAGUGGAACACAUUGACACUCCUGUAUCUCAAGUGGAACACAUUGGCACUCCUGUAUCUCAAGUGGAACACAUUGGCACGCCUGUAUCUCAAGUGGAACACAUUGGCACUCCUGUAUCUCAAGUGGAACACAUUGGCUCUCCUGUAUCUCAAAUGGAACACAUUGGCACUCCUGUAUCUCAAGUGGAACACAUUGGCACUCCUGUAUCUCAAGUGGAACACAUUGGCCCUCCUGUAUCUCAAGUGGAACACAUUGGCACUCCUGUAUCUCAAGUGGAACACAUUGGCACUCCUGUAUCUCAAGUGGAACACAUUGGCACUCCUGUAUCUCAAGUGGAACACAUUGGCACUCCUGUAUCUCAAGUGGAACACAUUGGCACUCCUGUAUCUCAAGUGGAACACAUUGGCACUCCUGUAUCUCAAGUGGAACACAUUGGUACUCCUGUAUCUCAAGUGGAACACAUUGGCACUCCUGUAUCUCAAGUGGAACACAUUGGCACUCCUGUAUCUCAAGUAGAACACAUUGGUACUCCUGUAUCUCAAGUGGAACACAUUGGCACUCCUGUAUCUCAAGUGGAACACAUUGGCCCUCCUGUAUCUCAAGUGGAACACAUUGGCACUCCUGUAUCUCAAGUGGAACACAUUGGCACUCCUGUAUCUCAAGUGGAACACAUUGGCCCUCCUGUAUCUCAAGUGGAACACAUUGGCACUCCUGUAUCUCAAGUGGAACACAUUGGCACUCCUGUAUCUCAAGUGGAACACAUUGGCACUCCUGUAUCUCAAGUGGAACACAUUGGCACUCCUGUAUCUCAAGUGGAACACAUUGGCACUCCUGUAUCUCAAGUGGAACACAUUGGCACUCCUGUAUCUCAAGUACAACACAUUGGUACUCCUGUAUCUCAAGUGGAACACAUUGGUACUCCUGUAUCUCAAGUGGAACACAUUGGCACUCCUGUAUCUCAAGUGGAACACAUUGGCACUCCUGUAUCUCAGGUGGAACACAUUGGAACUCUCAUCAGGAAACAGACCAACUGA